AUGAGGAAACAGAGAAAAAUUCUAAGAAUGAUGCGUGGCGAAAAGGAGAAUCCAACAUCCACCAAUGCUGAGGCUGAGCUUGACGCUCUAUUUGCUGCUUACGAAGGUAUAUUAGCAGAGCACCGUGCUAUCCUUGACUCGGAACUUCAUGGGGUUCUGGAGACAUGCCUCCCACGCCUCAAAAACGCCACCACGAUCGCAUUGCGCUCUUACCCCCUUGAAUUCCUCCUGAUGAAAGCAAACUAUCGUUCAUUUCGCUGCCUUGGCUUACGGGAAUUUAAGAAGUUCAACAGCGAUGAUGUACUUGGUCAUUUAACAUUCGCAAGUUUUCGCAAGGAUAUGUUGUCCACGCCUUUUGGUUUGGCAAUCUCACAGGUGUUUCAAGCCAUAAUCAAAUCCAACCGAAAGAUCCGAUCCCUCCAUACGUGCGGCAAUUACGCUUGCGGGAUGAAUUUGGGGUCCUUGAAAUUGCCGGAGUCAAGAUAUGAAUUACUAUUGCCACUAUUGAGCGAUCUGACGGCUCUGCAUAUGUGUAUCCGCAUUAAGGAUCACGAGCAAGAUAACUUCGAGGAAGAGACCUUCAAACGUCUUCUCAAUAUUCUGGUCACAGUUGCACCUAAAUUGCAGAUACUGGCAUUUGCUCAAUGGAACCCCUGGGAAGAAUUAUCCCCCCUGUACUUUGAGGAUCUCUCCAGAAAGAUCCGGUUUUCCCAGUUAGAGGAAAUCCAUCUCCACUCUAUUGAGGUGACCGUGGAUACGCUCAGGCAAUUUCUUCAGACAGCAGCGCCGACGUUGAAACGGCUGAGUAUGAAUAUGAUCAGCUUGACGGAUGCGAUUAUCGCAGCACGAGAUCCAGGCCCGAUCACUGAAGAGAGAAGUAGUUGGGGCUCUUCAUUUUCCAUUGAAGUGAUAAAUGAGAUAAAGACGCUCUGGAUGCGGAGCUUUCAGUUUAUUGCAGAUGACCUAGAGUUGCAAUUUGUCCAGUUGUCUAAACUCGGUUACCGUGGGAGAGAGAUGAAGUUGCAGGAUGACUUAUAUAUGGAACGUGGGCAGCCGGAUGCACAACCGGAUUCAAGUGCACAGCCUUCUAUCGAUCCGCACGAUUUUUAUACUGAUCCAACUGGUGGCCAAUCGAUAGCUUUCUAUUUUGAUGCCGAUAAAGCGAGUAUAGCCCUCAAACAAUGGAUCAUGCAGCUUCAAAUGGAGAUGUGCAAUCCUUUGAGUCGUGCACCUUGCCGACUCCCCGGGACCAGCGGUCUGAGCUUCAACCGGGAGGGGAUGAGGUCACUUAUUAUGUACCCACCUGGACCUGUGCCAGUGGAGGACCCUGGAAGACGGUCGGCAAUUUUAGAGUUCUAG